CCAAUAACCAUAAGUACCAGGAAAGACGGCCAACAAAUUAAUUCCAGGAAAUAUACAGUCAAAACUGAUCCAAGAAAAAUAAAUUCUUUGUAAAUCAGGUUUUCCCACUCCUGAAACUAUUAUUCUGCAUUCAAAUGCAUUAACUAUUAGCUGACUCCUUUCCCUAUAACAACAUCCCGCCUACCUCCACUUCCUUCAGUUUUCUUUUCAAAUGCUCCUGCCUUCUACACAAUUAGUACGCCACUGAAACAAUAUCUGUAGAAAUACAGAGAAAUGCCUACCACUUUAUAUCUUCAAGACAAGACUUUCUAAAACAGCAUGCUGUAGCUCAGAACAGAGACGUUACAGCCUCUAGUAUAUCAGAUCAUUCCUUUUAAUUUAGCUUCACUUCCUAAAGACUGUCUUAGCCUACCUUCAAUAUCUUCUCUUAGCUCCUCCAAAUACUAUUGUCCCAUAAGACUACGGCAAUCAGAUAAGGAACAAAAUUUUUCAACCAGUUUCCUUUCAAACCCAACAUAUCUGUAUCCUUGCCCUGAGUGCUUCCUUUCCACAGUCAGCAGUAUUCUCUGUCCCUCGCUUCUGGUACUUCACCAAGUCUGUAUCUCAGUAACCCAUUCAGUCUCUGUGGCCUCCCAAGAUCUACCUGUUCCCAAAUCAUUCUUUUCAGAGACUGCUUCAUUAUAUCCAUACAAAAUGUUGACCUCUCACAAAAAAAAAAGUUCCUCUGUUUCUGCAGAAAAAAAUAAAGGGAAGAUAAAAGCUGGUUUUGAACACAGCAUUGUUGGCUGGGCUCCCUAUUACUCAGGCAUUCUCCCAUCGCCUGAGCUUUAUGGAAAAGUGAAACUCUUAGCUUACUCGGUGAUCUUUCAGUCCAGUACUUUAACUGGAAAGCAUCAGAAAAUUCUGAUGUAUUUUGGUGAAGAAACUUAUGCAAGAAAUUGGAUGUACUGCACUGAUUCAGCUCAAGAUGGGGCUUGUAGACACUGGUCUUGCAGCGUGCUAUCUACCAAGGUCUUCCACCUCGCUAUCUAUGUCAAAGAGAGAAAAGACUUUUAAAACCUGCUAAAGACUGGAAAGUGAUAAAGGAAGCAUUGACUAAUCCUUCGGGUUCUCUCAAAAUGCUCUAUGACUAAAAAUAAUCCUUAUAUAUGUGUGUAAUUCUUACACAAGCUUUCUGACAGAUAAGCAAUUAUCUGCACGCUAUGUAGCCAUUAUGCCUUUCUCAUCAAUACAGGUAUCAGCUUUUAAAUCUUUAGUAGUUCUGUCUGCCUUGAAUCUUUCAGAUACAAGCUUUAAACUUCAAAAACAGAACAUAUGUUGGAGGAAAAUCUAUUGUGCCAGAUUCAACACCCAAGAGAGGUGAGGCCGCCACAGCUCCAUGCCCACAGGUUCAAUCAGUAGCAAGGCUGAGAGUGUAUUCCCAUCAGGCACACAAGAGCACACAUAUACACCACACAUGUAAAUAUAUAUGUGACCAGCCACACUGAUCACAAACACACACGCCCCUCACACAAACACAGACAGCACCAACAGCCUCAUCCUGCUUCCCUCUCCAGCUGUGCAGGUUGGAGGUUCACCAGUGAGAAAACAUAUAAGCACGUACAUGUAUGACCAAUGUGGAUCCUUCCAGCAGCUAGGCUUAGACACUCACUCCCCAGUUGCUGGCACAUAUGAGUCCCUGAGGCCACAGCCCCACUGCAGUUUCUGGCACAGGCCAUCUCAGCCCCCUGCCUCCCAAACAUGCAGAGCUGGCUGGGACUCCCCUGGUCCAUAACAGCCAUCCCUGCCGUGGCCACAUCCUUAGAGACACACAGCCACUCACAGAGCCAGUGCUGGCCGGGGCAUCCUGAUCCCCCAGUAGCCACCACCCUUUGGUCCUGCCCUUAGACACACACAUGCUCACCCUCACCCCUUGAACCUCCCCCAACCCUACGGUCUCUCUGGCACAUGGCCAGGGUUCCCCUGGUUCCCAGUAGCCAACUGCCCCAUGGUCUCACCCUUAGAGACACCCCUGGCUGCCAAGCCACUUCACCUACUGGCUGGGCAGUCCAGCUUGACCUUCACUAGUGCUCACACACUCACUUGCACACCUGCAUUCACUCCAGUUGCUGCACCACGGGCACAUGGGCCCUCUGACAUGUGGUCUGGCUUCCAGUGCUGCACUCAGACUCCUCCACACACACACAUGCACAGAAUAGAGCUCUCAUCCCAGGAUAAAAAGAGAUUAAAAGAAAUCUGACGCUACACUUGUUCCUCCCCAAUUCACAUCCCAUAGUAAGUCCUGUGCAACGCUGAAAUGCUCUUCCCCUGUAACAUCUCCCAUACCUCUAGGCAACAACCCCCUCUCAGUCCAAAAGGUGCUCUAGUGCCAAAUCAUUUGAUGGGUUUCACACCUGGAUGCUGGGCACGAGGCCCUGCUGGGGCAGCCCUGAGAGGGGCCUGGGCAGGUUGGUUGUUCCUCAAAUUUAGUUCUUAAUUAAGGUUCCUGACUGCUUUUGUGCGCCUGUGCUCCUCUGGACACAUGGAGAAGGAACUCUGAUGGGCCAGUAGCCCCUGAGAUGGGCCUGGGAGUAGCUGGGACACGGUGUGAAUUGGGCUCCCCCCGCCAUAUUCUCUCAGUGCUGCUUUGUGGGUGUGCAGACCAGUUUUCAGUGGGUGAUUAUUAGGUUAUACAAUUGAAGAUACAACCAGAGAGGAGCACCCCCCUCCUUGCACAGCAUUUCCCAGACAUCUCUUUCACCUCCUGCUAGGGCUCUUAGCUGGACCUGCAGGGAUGGCCCUUCUGUUACCUUGCUUUAGUAUCUCCAUGGUGAUGCCCAGCUGUGCUUCCGUCCUGCAGGUUGUCUGCUGUAGGGCACUUCGUUGCCCCAGGCCAUGAGCAGAUUAGGUCCCAUCACCACCCUGGAUCUUCUUCCAAUCGCUCCCCAAACAUAUCCCCCCGGAGAUGUCCUUGUGUCUCCAGUGGGGAGUGUAAGAACAUUGAGGGGACGUCUAGGCAGGGUGUUCUGGCCUUGACGACCCCCCCUAUCCCCAAUACUGAAUUAACAAAAAAGGGGUUGCUGUAUAGAGGUAGAGGUAGGGAUAGGGCAAGAAGCAAAAAAUAAUAUAGGUAGGUGAGACUGAAAUUUCUACAUUUUGUCCCUCCCAAAGGCCUGUGGUGUAACUGUCUGAACUGCAGCCCUGAUACGCGAUUUUGUACAGUUAAAAUUCUGAGGACGAUCUUUUGCAGCCAUUAAUACCCCUCUGUGACUGGAUUCCUCCCAUUCCAACUAGUAGUUUGCGACGAUCCCAAACCGAAUCUGAUGGGUGUGGUAAGAUGACCAGACAUGACUGCAUGCUGAAACCUAGGGCUGUGCACGGCCCACACAAGAGGCUCUACAGUCUGAGGAAUGCAGAGGCCAGACCCGAAGUCACCCACAGCUCUGCCCUCCUGCAGAGACGCGGCGAGCAGCUCAGCGGCCCUCCAUCCUCUUGGGGACAGAGGAGCCUGCACAAACCCGAACCCACUGCCCCCAGCCAGGCCUCGAUUAGCAGGGAAUGCUGCAGCACCACGGAACCAAGACGAAGGCAGAGAAAGCCGGGAGGCGAGAGCCAGCGCCAGGCAUCGCACCUCCGGCGCCCAGGAGGAGGCGGAGGGCCGGGCCGGGCCGGGCCGCGGGCGGGCGGGCGGCUGAGGGAAAGGGCGGCACCGCCUCCGCCCCCCGGCUCCCGUUUGCCAGGCGCGCCGCCGUGCCCAGCGCGCAGCCGCACUGCUUCAAAACAGUUUGUUGCUCACGUCGGAGAAGCCGCUUCCGUUUCCAACGCCGCAUUCCGGCCACACCUGCCUGUGCCGGAGCCCCGGCUCGCUCCGCCGCCCUACCCGCCCGAGAAGGACCACCCGAUCCCCUCCCGCCGCCGCGCGCUCCUUCGCCGCUCCAGCAAAGCCAUGUCCGCCGAGGAUUAUGUAUCUGUGAGUGUUGAGGAUGAUGAUGAAGCAGUGAUGAUUGACCAUGGAGAAAAUGGACUGUCCACACAAAGCUGCAUGUCAAUGGGACAAAACUCUGAAGUAAACAGUGUUCACCAUGUGGCUCAACUUGCCUAUGGAAGUGACGGCUUAUCAGUGCUAGCUGAACAAGUGGCAUCACAAGUGAGCCAUUCUGCAAGUAUGCAGAGAGGAAAUGCUCACAGCCCUGAAAAAAUGGAUUUUGCAUUUUCACAUAAUAAAAGAAAACGUCUUGCCCCUACUCUAGUGGGACAGAAUGUGAUGAGAACCAGGGAAGGAGAAUAUGAAGAUAGUGAUGGUGUCAUUUAUGAGUAUGAACCAGACUAUGAAUGUGGGAGUAUUGUAUCUGAAGCUUCCUACACUGGAGAUCAGCAGAAAACUCUUAUGGAGGUCCUCAGUUAUUGCCAGGCCAUGUAUGAUGCCAUUCAGAAAUUGGAUAAAAAAUUUGACCUGCUUCAUCGGAAGGUCUCAGAAAUGCAGCAUGCUCGUUUAAAGCCACUGUUGCUCAAACCUAAACCAGUUGGAUUUACAUACAGAAGUUCCUGUCAUUUGCCCCAGGGAAAAAUAAAACUACAAAGAUCCAUGGAAAAGGAAUCAAGUCUUCAUCUCCCUUCACCAGGCCAGGGAAGGCAUAGCCCACUCAUAAGGGUUGCUUUACAGAAUGGUCAUGUUCAGGUCAAUUCCACAAUAAAACAUGUUCAGCAGAGUCUUCAGCUUGAAUCACAGCAGCCUGUUCAUAGGCAGAGCCCACCACUCCCCACUAUAGUUUCUACGCAUUCAUUGCAUUCAUCAUACACAGCAAAUAACGGGAUGCCUGACCUUUCUCCACAAUCAAAUCUUGUAGCUGGUGCUGUGGAAAGUACUGUCAAUAUCGCAUCUUCACCAGUGGCAUCGUCAUCGAUGCCAGCACCGUCAGAGACCAGUAUGGGAAAUAAUGCUGUGGUCAUGAACUACAGAAAUGCAUCUGGGAGUGUGAAUAUCAGUAAAGAACUACCAUCUUCUUCGGUCUCCAUCAAUCCCAGCUUUGAGUUUGUUGGUGACCCAGUGAGAAAUGUAAAAGUUCUUGGAAACUAUUUGAUGAAAGCUCGGCAAAAGACUAAACCAAAGUAUGCAGCACGCUACUUAGUUCGUGUCUUGUUCCCCAAGGAAACAUUAUUGUGCAGCAUUAUGGGAGUGAGUGCACGGGGGCGCAGGACAUUGGAUCCAAACAAAAUUGCUGCAAUAAGAGAAUUUCUUGCAACUAACUUUCCAAACUAUGAUUUGAGCGAGCAUGGAAAAGACUGGAAAACAUGUAUCACGAAUGUCAAUGCUAUGAUCCGCUGUUUACGCUCUGAAACAAAAAUAAACCCAGAGACAGCUGAAGGGAAAGAAAUAGCGGCUGUCGCUCCAGAUACAUCUCAUUGUGCAGAUUUAAAUUAUAAUGAAGAUAGUGAAGGCAAUUCUCAAAACUCUCAGAAAAUGACCAGCUCCAUAACUGACACAUUGCAGAAUUCAGGAAUGGAUAAGCUUCCAGAAGCUUUCCAUACACCUUCAGUCAAGAAACCGCAGUCUCUGGAACCUAUGGAACUUCUUGGAAGUCCAUGGCGCAACGUUCAGUUGCCUUUCUCGGUCAUUUAUGUAGCUAAGGGGAAGUCUCGGCCAGAGUUGUCAGCUCGCUACCUAAUUCGUCACAUGUUCACUGAAGAUGUGCUCGUAAAAAGCAAUGUAUAUGGUAAUCUUGAACGUGGCAUGAGCCCACUGGACUGCAACAGAAUUAAUGCUCUCAGAGACUUUCUUCAAGAGAAUUAUCCAUCCUUUGAUCUAAAGGAAACUGGAUAUGAUUGGAAGGCAUGUGUGGCUGCCAUAAAUAGCACGAUCCGCAGUCUCAGACAUGACCAUAAAAAGGCUACAAUUGGAAUCCGACGGAAAGUCUUGGCAGCGCCACCACUGAGUGCAAAGAGUCCUCCACGGAGUCCCACUUCAGUCAAGCCAUUUGAAAGUGACACUAUCAAUCUCACAGACUGAAGCUCUCUGUUUCAAAUCUUAAUUUAGCAGGUUUUUAUAAAUCCCACGUAGAAGCAUAUUACAUUGAGUACACUGUCCUAUUAUAUUGAGUCGUCAGGAGCACUAAAUAGUAUUAUUUCAUGAGACCAAAGUUAGCGGAAGACUUGGGAACCCUAACUCCUUGUAUAAGUAGCAUCUGUGCUCGUCAGAAAUUACUUCCACUAUUCCCUGUAGCAUUUCCAAUGUGCCCUUCCCUAAAAGCACCUUCUUCUCAUGAUUAAUAUUUCAGAGUCAACGAAUCUGAUUAGAAAAGACACAUUGCGCAUCAGGUCAGCAGAAGUACAUAGAAAUGUGGAGAGAAAAGAAUGGUCCUCCUUGGAGGAAGACUCAUAACCAGCUAAAUCAUCUCAUUAUGUGUAAGGAAUGAAAUUUGCUUUGACAAAUGGAUAUUUUAAGCAAAAGUAUCUAAUGCAGAAAGGGGAAAAAAAACAUGUUUGUAUUGCAUCUAGUGACAUCUGCUUUCAUCCAGUCUUUGGGCACUUCUCCCAUUCACCGUGAUCAAUCAUAGGUUACCAGGAGUGGCCUCACAAUGACAUCAGCCAGUUCCCUCAGCACUCGUGGCUGCACGUUAGACUUAACGCACAUCCAGUUUGCUAAAGUAUUCCCUGACCAGAUCCCCUUCCACCCAGUGUGUCUUCCUUGCUUCAGCCUUUCCCCCUGAUCUCUGGCACCUGGUAUUCCAGAAGGCCAGUCUUGCUAGAAAAGGCUGAGGCAAAGCAAUUGAAAAGUGCCUCAGCCUUUUCCUUGUCCUAUGUCACCAGGUCCCCCAUCUCAUUCAGCAGCAGACCCACAUUUUUCCAAGCCUUCCUUUUGUCGCCUGUGUACUUACAGAAGCCCUUCUGUUGUCUUUGAUGUCCCUGGCUGCAUUCAAUUCCAGUUGGGCUUUAGCUUUCAUAACUCCAACCCUGGAUGCUCAAUGUCACUGCAUUCCUCCCAGGUUACUCCCCACACACACACACUCUGUAUGCUUUCUUUUUGUGUUUGAGUUUGUCCAGAAGCUCCUUGUUCAUCCACACAGGCUUCCUGGCAUUUUUGCCUGACUUCUUUUUUGUUGAGAUGGAUCUGUGUGGAUCCUUGAAUUUUAAUCUUCUUGGACCCGUGUUCUCUCCAAGGCCCAAAUCCCAUAGGACUCUUCCUAGCAGAUCUUUGAGGAGACCAAAGUCUGCUCUCCUGAAGUCCAGGAUUAUGAGCCUGCUUUCUACCGUCCUCCCUCCCCCCAGGAUCCUGAACUCCACCAUCUCAUGGUCACUGCAGCUACAGUGGCUUUUGAGCUUCACAUUCUCAGCAAGCCCCUCACUGUAGGUGAGUACGAGGUCCAGCAAGGCACCUCUCCUUGCUGGCUCCUCUAUCACCUGGAGGAAGAAGUUGUUGUCAAUAAUAAAUACUCAUGCUGUUGCCUUUCCUUUCUGUCCACACAACACUAAAGAUUUAUUAGUGCACUGAAUUAUAUAUUACGAAAUCCCCAAAAACCAACCAAACAAGGAUGGUGAACUCAUAAAAAUAAAAAAAAUAAUUACUACAUAUAUUCAGUUUCACAUUCCCCUUGGUUUCAUUUUUAAGUUGAAAUUCAACAGCAUUAACUGUACAGAAGUUAAUGGCUUUUUUUGUUGGGCAAGUUCUUUGUUGCUUGGGGGCUUUUGGUUGUGUUUUUUGGGUUGGUUUUUUUGUUUUGUUUUGUUUUCUUUCAAAAGAGGAAGUAUUUUGCAUGUGCCUUUCUGUUACUUGGUUUUCCAGCAUCAGUCACGCCAUCUUUCACUGUCUACAUAUUGAUUAACUGGUGCGUGAACUUGCCUUGCCACUUGCAUUCUGUCUGAGUGUUGUCUCAGACAUCUUCACAGAAAGAAGCUUCUCAGAAGGCUGACACAGGGAACGAAUUUCACCUCUGAAAGUUGAUGCAACUGUGGCUUCCAGAAUUAUGCCUGUAUAUAUAGCAGAACAAGAUUUAACUAAACCUGUCCUCUCCAAGGCAAAGGUUUCAUGGUUUGUGUUUUUUGUUAGUAAUAGGAUAAAAUAGCGAAGUUACUUGUUCUUACUUCAACUUCUAUUCAUAACAAACAGGCAGUGUUUAUUAUAUACAGUAUAGGAACAGCUUUUUUUAUUGCAAGUUAGGAUAUGCAAUCCUUAUCUGAUAUGAAAUCCCCUACCACCUCCUUGCAGAAGUCUUCUGUAGGAUUUAAGAAAUAGGCUGAAUUUCUGAUUUUAUUUUUUUUUUUCCUAGAAAUGUUGUGCUGCAAAUUUGGUUGUUCUAGUUUACUACUAACAGUUUCUGCUGUUACUGUUCUAUACAAUCAUUCUUGUAAAUGCCAAGAACUUUGUUGCGUGUAGAUAUUACUAGUUCCAAAUCUCUGAAAAAGCCAAAAAUGCUUAUAUUUUUUCAGUAGUUUUAUGAAACUUUUUCACUGUCCUUCACAGAUUUUAAUGGUAGAAUGAUAUAUUUAUUGAAUGACCUGUCUGGCACUGAAAUCUGUUAGUGUGGUGCAUACCUAUAGCUUCCAUAUUGAAAAGAGAAUUGAAUAAUUGAAUAAAAGUAGAAAUAGUUUUCUUGUUUCUGGUUCAAAUGUAUCAAUUUUUGCUAACUUUUAUAAAACAAAAUUACAGUAUUUUGCUGUUAGGAAUAAAGUAUUUUACAAAUAAAAAUAGCAUAUAGCUCCUUGACUACAUCUGCGUGUCUUAAAUUUCUUGCACCACUGAUCUACAGUUCAGGUACAGUUUCAUCUGAAAAGAUUCUUUUGAUCCCCUUUCAAGAAGCAGGGUUUUGAGGAGGUCUUCUGAUUGAGGUGAGAUGACUUUCAAAUUUUUACUGCCUUAACUGAUUCAGUAAACCAAGGCAAACUCUUUUGGACUUUUGCUUGUCAGGUACGGCUUUGUGUGAGCUAUCUGAAAUCGAGAUCUCCACAAAAGGGUAGGAGUUGAGUAAAACUUUUAACUCCUUUAAACUGGUGCACUUUUGGUAGAGCAGGCCUUAUUCACCCAGUGGAUUCAGUUUCUGUAUUGGCCCUUAUUCAAGGAAUAAAACAGGGCUUGGAAGGCAAUCUGAUCAUUUGAUACGCUGAGAAUUCACCUGGUGUCUUCCGUCUUUGUAGUCCGAAUACCUGUCCCUAAUGCAGCGUGAGUCCUUCCUCUGUACAGUAGAGCUGGGCCCCUUUAUUCGUGCAUGA